UACUGUUGGUUAUUCAAUUCCGACCGCUCCCAUAAUAGAUUUUGAAUGAUUUUCGCAACUUUGCACCAAACUUCAACAUGUCCAAGAACUGUGUGCUGCUUUUGCUCCUUCCUCUGUUUUUUCUUGUAAAGAUUGCUCAUUCUGACCCAAGAGCCACAGAGGCAGCCCUGAUGUGCACCAACGAGACUGCUUUGAUGGCAGAGAGGCAAACCUUCAUAGCCAACUUCUUGGCAACCAUGGACGCAGUGACUCCUCAGAUUGCUGUCCAAAGAUACGCAGCUGUUGUCAAUGGAACCGGGAACAACACCGUCUACGCUUUCGGCGAGUGCAUGAAGGACCUCUCAAAACAAGACUGCGAUGUCUGCUUUGCUCAGUGCAAGACCCAGAUUUUGAGGUGCCUCCCAUUUCAGAAAGCAACUCGUGGGGGCCGGCUUUUCUUCGAUGGGUGCUAUUUGAGGUACGAUGACUUCAAUUUCUUCAACCAAAGCUUGAGCGCCCAAGACACCUCUGUUUGCGGGGCCACAGGUUUUGGUGGGAACCAGAGUGUUUUCAAGGACAAUGCUUUGAGGUUGGUGAGGAACUUGAGUUUCGUGGCGCCGAAGAAUGAUGGGUUUUCUGUUGGGUUUGUGGGUCAGGGGAAUGAGACGGUUUAUGGGUUGGCUCAGUGUUGGGAGUUUGUGAAUGGGUCUGCUUGUGAAGAGUGUUUGGCUGACACAGUUGUCAGAAUUGGGUCGUGCCCACCAAAAGCAGAAGGGAGGGUCUUGAAUGCUGGUUGCUACUUGAGGUAUUCGACUCAGAAGUUUUAUAGUAACAAUACAAGCACCGAUGCUGCAAGAAAUGGAGGACACCGCGGCUUGGCCAUAAUUUUGGCUGUAACAUCUGCUGUUUUUGCUGUUGUGCUGAGUAUUUUUUCAGUUGCUUUAUUUACAAGGAAGAAAAUACUGAAGAGGAGGAAAGAGAAAAAGCAAUUAGGUCCUCUGUUGGCCACUGUGAAUAAGUCCCAACUCAAUUUUUCAUAUGAAGAUCUUGAAAGGGCCACCAAUUACUUUCAUGAUUCUAACAAGCUUGGACAAGGAGGGUCUGGUUCCGUUUACAAGGGAGUUUUGCCAGAUGGGAAGGUUGUUGCCAUAAAGAGGCUGUUCUUCAAUACAAGGCAAUGGGUGGAUCAUUUCUUCAAUGAAGUCAAUUUGAUUAGUGGGAUCCAUCAUAAAAAUCUUGUAAAGCUAUUGGGGUGCAGCAUUACAGGCCCUGAAAGCCUUCUUGUUUAUGAGUAUGUCCCAAAUCAAAGCCUUCAUGAUUAUUUUACUGUGAAAAAUAAUGUCGACCCGCUGAGGUGGGAGUUGAGGUAUAAAAUCAUAUUGGGCACAGCUGAGGGUUUGGCCUAUCUUCAUGAAGAAUCAAAAGUGAGGAUUAUUCAUAGGGAUAUAAAACUGAGCAACAUUCUGUUGGAUGAGAACUUCAUGCCGAAGAUUGCUGAUUUUGGACUUGCUAGAUUAUUUCCUGAAGAUAAAACUCACAUCAGCACUGCCAUUGCUGGCACAUUAGGCUAUAUGGCUCCAGAGUAUGUCGUUCGUGGCAAGUUGACGGAGAAGGCAGACGUUUACAGUUUUGGAGUUCUUGUCAUCGAAGUCGUAUGUGGAAAGAGGAACAACUGCUACAUUCCAAAUUCAGUUUCAAUUCUACACAUGGCUUGGGACCUUUAUGGAACGGGUAGGCUAUGCAGUGUUGUUGAUCCACUCCUAGAGGGUAAGUUUGAUGAAGAAGAGGCAUCUAGAUUACUUCAAAUUGGGCUACUUUGUGUACAGGCCUCUGCAGAGCUGCGUCCAGCAAUGUCAUUAGUUGUGAAAAUGCUGAUCGAAAAUCCCAAGAUUCCUCAACCAACACAGCCACCAUUUCUCAAUUCUGGCAGUGCAGAAUUCGGCAGACAAAUUCCCUCAGGGACUUUCAAUACUCUGCCCGACUCUAACAACACACACUCUUCAAGGAAUAGCAUGACUCAAAGCUGGAUUGAGCCCAGAUGAACUUUUUCCACACACAGCAUUAGUGUUCAUCCUAAGCUCACAAGACCCAGUUCACCAAACCAGCAUUUCAGAAUUUCAUCUCCAACUUCCAGGACUUGUAUUUCUCCUAUUUGUUUUCUUCAAGGAGAAAUUAUACAAUGGUACCGUAUCACCACGUCAGCUGGUGAUCCUUCCAUUCAAAAUAUACCACAUAUUUUCAUUUUUAAAUAAUUAAAACUUUUUUU